AUGGACGCUCUCAAGCUACUCUCUCGGUCCACGGGCCUCAAAACAAGACUCUCAAAUCCCUUCCCGCAAGAUCUGCCAUCGGCUUCAGGCCAGCUCGUCAACAAGAACGGAUUGGACCCUAUCUUUAGCCGAAAACGAAAACGUGAUUCAGAUGUCCCAGGAGACAAUCCUGCUCCGAAUUCCCCGUCUCGUCUCUCCGAAGAAGAGAUCCGGCAUAUUCAGAAAAGGCACAAAAUUAAGAUAGUCGACUUGAACCGCUUCCGAACCGCUAGCGAGACAUCGGAAUCACGAAAAUCGAAAUCACAGAAGGAGCGAUCCCGCAUCUUUCCUCAGCCGUUAAUUUCAUUUGACCAACUACGUAGUCAUUACAACGUCAAUGCAGCUCUUCUUUGCAAUGUCACGGAACAGGCUUAUUUCGAGCCCACGGAAGUUCAAACUGCUACCUUGCCAUUACUCCUGAGAGGAGCCAACGAGGGUGCGUCCACGGAACCAGAUCUUCUGACCAUCGCGCCAACAGGGAGUGGGAAGACUUUGGCAUAUCUUAUUCCAUUGAUAGACAAGAUCUCAAAAGGCCACCGAGGUGGCGGAAACCGGGCAGAGAGGCAUGCCCGAGCGAUCGUGUUGGCACCCACGAAAGAACUUGUCUCUCAGAUCGAAAAUGAAGGUCGAAAAUUGUGUGUGAACACAGGAGUUCAAAUCUCGGCCGUGAAGAAAGGGAUGAGACUGUUUGAAGGACAAACCCCAACCAGCAGCGAAGACUCAGACGAUCAAGACACUCCAGAGACUGGGGACCGGCACACUACAACAAACCGGCCACCACCCGUCAAAGCCGAUAUUUGGGUUUCGACACCGUUGAGUCUGGUCCACAUUCUGUGUCCAUCUUGGGAGGACGACGACGACGAAUCUAUACCUGCUCAUUCUCUGCCGGACAUAGAAGCACUAAUCUUGGACGAGGCCGAUGUCCUUCUCGAUCCGCUCUUCCGUUCCCAAACUCUCACGAUCUGGUCCGCAUGCACAUCGCCCUCAUUACAAAUCAGCAUGUGGUCGGCAACUAUCGGGUCCAAUAUCGAAGAACUCGCCAUUAAAACCAUUUCCGAGAGGCAGGAAAGAUUAGGCCUAAGUCGGCAACCACACUUACUCCGUACCAUCAUCGGUCUGAAAGACACAAGCCUACCAACAAUCUCACACCGAUUGACAUACACCGCAACCGAGUCAGGGAAACUACUAGGCAUGCGACAGUUGCUUCACCCGUCACGACCAGUGCGAUCGUCCAAAGGCACGGAAGAAUUAGGAAAACCACUCCGUCCUCCAUUCCUGGUGUUCACGCAAACGAUAGCCCGUGCUCAAUCUCUAUACACCGAAUUGCAGUAUGACAUCCCCGUUUCGGCUGGCGGUUCGUCACGGGUUGCUGUACUUCAUUCCUCACUCUCUGACCAUGCCCGCUCGUCCAUCAUGCAACGAUUUCGGCAGGGCCAGAUAUGGAUUCUGAUUACCACCGAUCUCUUGUCUCGCGGGGUUGAUUUCAAGGGAGUCAACGUGGUCGUCAAUUACGACAUCCCAACUACAGUUGCAGGGUAUGUUCACCGUGCCGGCAGAACAGGGAGAGUGGGCAGAGAAGGGGGUGUCUGCGUUAGUUUCUACACCAAAGAAGAUAUCCAAUAUGUCAAAGGAAUCGCAAAUGUUAUCUCCGCGAGUGAGAAGCAACAAAUGAAGUCGAAGAGUAACACCGAAGCCAACAGCGGUAAAGCCAUGACGGCUUCAAGUCCUACCGCGACCUCGAGUGGAAUCCAACCUUGGUUACUGCAUGCCCUCCCCGGCGUCUCUAAAUCAGCAAGAAAAGACCUGAAACUUCAUGGUGUUGAAUCUCGGCGAGCUAUUCGGUCAGAUGAUGACGAGAAAACUAAGCGGAUGAAACGGAAGGCAAGAAUCGGCACGCAAAGUGGUUACCAGAGACGAGAAACAAACCGUAAGCGUGGUGCUGUGGAGGGAAGUUUGCGAGCAAAAAGGAGAGAAGAACAGGAGAAUGCCAACAGCGAAGAAUGGGAGGGAUUUGGAUGGCCUUGA